AGAGGGCGCCAGCAGAGGUCGGACGCUGCGCGUGAGAGAGGGGACAGCCGCCAGCUUGCGUCUCUCAAGGCCGGCACGCAUUCGACUGCGGACGGCGCGUAGCUCUCUGCUGCAGACUGACCACGACGCACAGCACCCCUCGCCCCCUUGCAAGCCUCGCUGCCCUCUCGCUCAGCAGCUGACCCCAGGCAGAGCAUCAGCUGCAGGCAGGCAUGUCGCCCCCUACUUCGCCCCCCACCGGCCUACCCCCCACCUUCGUGCCCGGCUUCCACGACGAGGCGGCGGUGCGCGCCAUGCGCUACAACCCACUGGGCGAGACCGGCCUCUACGUGUCUCACCUCGGCUGUGGCGGCGGCGUCCUCAGCAGCCUAUAUGGGAGCUUCACAGAGGAGGAGUGUAUCGCCACCAUCAGAGAGGCCAUCCGCCAGGGGGUCAACUACAUCGACACGGCCCCCUGGUACGGGCAGGGCCGCUCCGAAGACAUCCUGGGUAAGGCCCUGAAGGAAGUCCCCCGCCAGGCAUACUACAUAGGGACCAAGGUGGGCCGCUAUGAGCUGGAUCCUCGCCAUAUGUUCGACUUUUCAGCGAGUAAGACCCGGCAGAGCAUCGAGAAGAGCCUCAAGCUGUUGCAGCUGGACUAUGUCGACAUUUUGCAGGUGCACGAUGUGGAGUUUGCUCCAGAUCCGGAAAUGGUAGUAAAUGAGACCCUGCCUGUGGUUAAGGAGGCGGUGGAGGCGGGCAAGGCACGGUUCAUUGGGAUCACAGGCUACCCUGUGUCUGCACUGAAGGACAUCAUCACCAGGAGUAAGGACAUCAGGAUCAGCACAGUCCUCUCCUACUGCCGAGACACCCUCAUCGACAGCACUCUCCAGGAGUACAUGCCCUUCUUCAAGGAGCGCGGAGUCGGAGUGAUCAGCGCUUCUGGCCCCUCGAUGGGUCUCCUGACGAACGCGGGACCCCAGCCGUGGCACCCGGCGCCGGAGGAGCUGAAGGAGAUGUGUCGGCGGGCGGCCGGCUACUGCGAGAGCCAGGGUGUGGAGCUGGGUAAGCUCGCUGUAUACCACGCGCUGACGCGCGAGGGCCAGGCGACGCACCUCGUAGGGGCCAACUGCAGGGAGGUGCUGCGCUUGAACCUGAGGACGCUGCGAGAGGGACUCACCGAGGCCGAGCGGCAGGUGCUGAAGCACGUCAAGGACAGGUUCUUUGCUGAUUUGAAGGUGAGGCACUGGGAAGGCAAGGAAUUACGAGAGAGGGAAGCAAUACUGAAAGAGUUGGCGGAAAAGGAAAAACUAGAAGGCAAGUCCUGAUGAAAACGCCAGCGCACCACGAAGAUGCGGACAAUGGGUCAUUUGGGUUGGUAAUCGUACUGAUGGUACAGUGCACAUCCAAUGUAGGUACGCUUUGUGCCAUGCUUUUCGUCUGCUUAGUAAUUACUUGUAAUGGCAAAAAAGGGUUCUGUAUCUGAGAGAAGAAUCUGAAGCAAAGCAAAUCGGCCAACUGCGUGUUCAAUGAUAAAUGGCUUCAAACACCAUUAAUGGUAAACAGCGUUUUGUAAUUCUAAAUAAUAUCCACUCCACAAUAAAUGUUAACGUUAAAAGCAAUAUUAUUACUUGGGAAAUACGUCCUGGAGUUUCUUACGGUUGAUGUCAGACACAUACUGUCACUCAUGACCGUAUUCAUUUUCCUGGUCUACUGAAACCUGAUCAUGGCAGCAGGACCUUGCUAAGGUUUGAUUUAUUACGAGUCUACAUUUAACAGUUAAUCAAGGAACUGUAUAUGGCCACGACACCAACAACUCCAUGGUUUGUUAUUUUUCCAGUGUUAUUAAGCCUGUACAUUUUACGAAUCUACUGAUGGCUGUUCACACACUUAAACACAAAAAAUGAGCUGCUUAUUAAGUUGCUAGGCAACUGCGCUAACUUUUGUGCUCAACAAGAACGAUACUGAUAUUACUUUCAAACUGACAGUAUCAUUCUUGUAGUACGUAUGCUCAGGAACUGUCCUUUCUUUCCUUUUCUACAACUAUUUUUGGGGGAACAUUAAUUCUUGAAGAAAGGAAAAUAGCUCUCUACAAUUUGAUUACUUUAUACAUUUUUUGAAAUUGGAUAGACCAGUAAGAUAUCACAAAUUUUUGAGAUGUAGAGCUUUUUGUAACAGUGUGUAUACAUUAUAUUUACAACUUACAAGAAAAGUUCAGAUUACUUCUUGUUUAGUAUAAAAAAUAAACCAUUUUUUUCUAGUGAAUCGAUCUCAAAAAUUUCAUUUCAAAUGUACUGAAAUCUGUUGUUUAUAUUUGAAUCUCUAUACAAACACUUUCAUGUAAACUACAUACAUAAUUAUUAUUGGUAAAAAUAGUGCUUCAAAACAUCUGUAACUCUGAUGUGGAAAACUCUUCUGAACAGGUACAGAAUUUAUGACAAUUAUUUUGAAUAGCAAUAUCAAGAAAAUGUGUUACUGAAUUUAUAGUAAUAAAGAGGCUGGUAACAGUGUUGAUAGAUUUGUGGUGAUAUCACUAGCCUUUACCACUGCUGUGCUUUACUAAUAAAUGUUUAUGUGUGGAUAGCCAAUUUGGUGUUUAGCCAACUCAGUUCAUUUUAAACUUAAAACAAUGUUUACACAUCUGUAUCACAACAAAUUUGACUGACAGUUCUUCUCUCUUAGAUUCGGCUUAGUUUUUUAUGUCAGAUUUAAUUUUGGGUAAAACCUUAUAUUCUCUUGAUAAAUGCUUAUGAACUGUUUGAAAUGAGGAUAUAGCAAACUGUAACAAAUAUUAAAGUCAUGAUUUUUAUGUACCAAUAUUGUAUAUACUACAUAACUUAAGUUUGGAU